AUGAGUGUUAGCCGAACACUUAGUUUAGCAAAUAAACAUCAAUUAUGGAUCAUAUCAAAAGUUUCUCGUCUUGCUUCGACAAAUUCAUGGUGGUCAAAGGUUGAAAUGGGUCCACCUGAUGCAAUUCUUGGUGUUACAGAAGCAUUUAAACGAGAUACUAAUCCAAAAAAAAUUAAUUUGGGUGUUGGAGCUUAUCGUACAGAUGAAGGCAAACCAUUUGUUCUUGAAAGUGUUAAAAAAGCAGAACAAUUAAUUGCAAGUGAAAAUCUUGAUAAAGAAUAUGCACCAAUAUCUGGUAUACCAGAAUUUUGUCAAGCAAAUGCAAAAUUAGCUUUCGGUGAUGAUUCACGAGUUAUUAAAGAUCAAUUAUUUGCUACUACACAAGGUAUUAGUGGAACAGGUUCACUUCGUAUAGGAGCUGCAUUUUUGGCAAAAUUUUUUCCUGGAAAUAAAGUUAUUUAUUUACCAAAUCCAUCAUGGGGUAAUCAUACACCAAUUAUGAAACAUGCUGGACUUGAUGUUAAAUCAUAUCGAUAUUAUGAUUCAAAAACUUGUGGUUUUGAUUUUAAUGGUGCAAAAGAAGAUAUUGAAAAAAUACCAGAAAAUUCAAUUAUUCUUUUUCAUGCUUGUGCACACAAUCCAACCGGUGUCGAUCCUCGACCUGAACAAUGGAAAGAAUUAUCAUCUAUUGUAAAAAACCGUAAAUUAUUUGUCUUUAUGGAUAUGGCUUAUCAAGGUUUUGCUAGUGGAAACAUUGAUGAUGAUGCAUUUGCAGUUCGAAAAUUUAUUGAUGAUAAACAUAAUCUUAUGUUAGCACAAUCUUAUGCUAAAAAUAUGGGUCUUUAUGGUGAACGUGUUGGUGCGUGUACUGUUGUUUGUCAAGAUAAAGAUGAGGUUGAACGAGUUAUGUCUCAAAUAAAAAUUUUAAUUCGUCCAAUGUAUUCAAAUCCACCAAUACAUGGUGCACGUAUUGCAGCUAAAAUAUUAAAUCAACAAGAUCUUCGUUCAAUAUGGUUAAAAGAAGUUAAACAAAUGGCUGAUCGUAUAAUAACAAUGCGUCAACAAUUAGUUGAUAAUUUAAAAAAAAAUGGCUCAAAAAAAAAUUGGCAACAUAUUACAGAUCAAAUAGGAAUGUUCUGUUUUACAGGGCUUAAUCAACAACAGUCUGAACGAUUAAUCAAAGAUUUUUCGGUUUAUUUAACAAAAGAUGGUCGUAUUUCAAUGGCUGGUGUCACAUCAAAAAAUAAUGCAUAUUUAGCUAAUGCUAUUCAUGAAGUCACUAAAUAG